AUGAAGUCGGUCAGCACUACCGAGGACAUUUUGGUGACGACGCAGCUUAAAAUUAUGGAUGUGGCUCCCCCGUUGAUAAGCCUGUUUGCUCGCCUCUCCGCUCUCGGUGAGGGGGAGGUCGACACCCAAGUAAGAGACGCAGUGGAAGCUGCCUUACAACAAUGGGGACGAGCCUAUCUCCACGUUACCAGGCUAAGAAGACAAGCGGUUGUCACUGCGGUGGAACCCAAGGGUGAAUUUAUGCUGUCGGACUCGGACAUUUUUUCAGUUGGAAAGGAGGCCCGCGAGCUCCUUUUCACUGAUAAAUUUUUGACAGCGAUGCUAAAGGAGGCUAAGCAAGACGCUACUCUGGCCCAGAGAGACGGUUUGGUGGCUGCGGCUAGACAACCCACGACGCAACGGUCGACACCACGUGCCAGACGAGUAGCAAUGGAGCGUCCAGCUUUUGUCUCUUCCAGGACACAGCGACCAGCGCUGGGUGCGGCACGUGGCCGUGGACGUGGACGCAUGGCGCAGAACGGACGGGGUCGAGCCGGAUUGAGAAACACUUGGGCACUAGGACAGAGGUAUAUCAUCCCUUUCUCUUCGGUUCCCCACCAUUUUCAUGUCGGGGGGCGUUUGAAAUUUUUUGCCAAGAACUGGAAACGAAUUACCAACGACGUUUGGGUUCUUCAAACGGUUUCGAGGGGUUUUGAAAUUGAUUUAGUUUCGGAACCAAUUCAAGGGGGUCUUCCUCCUCCGGUUUCUAUGUCGGAGCGGAUGGCAAUGGUGUGCGACAAGGAGGUUCGGGACUUGAUCAGGAAGCGAGCGAUCGUGGAAGUGGUUGAUAAUUCCGAGGGUUGUGUGCAUUCCUUUUUUGCUGCCCCCAAAAAAUCUAAGGGACUGUUUCGACCAAUAGUCAAUUUGAAACCCUUGAAUACGUGUAUUCAAUACGAACACUUUAAGAUGGAAAACUUGGAAGCGGUGCGUUUUUUGCUGCGGGAGGGAGACUGGAUGGUCAAGCUGGAUUUGGAGGACGCUUAUUUGACUGUUCCGGUCCACCCUGAUUUCCAUAAGUUUUUGCGCUUCUUAUGGAGAGGUCGUGUUUUCCAGUUUUCUUGUUUAGCUUUUGGGCUUGCACCGGCUCCUAGAGUGUUCACCAAGCUUCUUAAGGUGGUUAUGGCCGUGUUGCGUAGAGAGGGUAUUAGGCUAGUAGUCUAUCUAGAUGACAUUCUGAUCAUGAAUGCAUCAAAGGAAGGCCUUCGUACGGACAUUGAAAGAGUAGUGGGACUAAUUCAAAGCCUAGGUUUUCUGCUGAACUGGUCAAAGUCGGUGCUUAAACCCACUCAAAUCUUAGAAUAUUUGGCUUUAAUGGUUAACUCUAAGCGUAUGUCGUUUGCGCUACCAGCUAAAAAGGUUUUAUCGGUAAAGGCCAUGUGUCAAGCGGCGUUAGACAAAAACAGAAUUUCCCUCAGGGAGAUUGCUUCUAUUCUCGGGAACUUUACUUGGGCUAUUCCGUCGAUCCCUUUUGCUCAAUCACAUUAUCGAAGCAUGCAACGUUUUUAUAUUGAGCAGGCCAAGGAAUUCGCUUUCAACUUGAAUGCGAGCUGUAUCUUGUCUGAGGGGGCUCGAGUGGAUUUAAAGUGGUGGGUCUGCAACUUAGACGCGUCGAAAGACAGGUUGUUUUUCCCAAAAGUGCCUGACUUAGAGAUUUGUGCGGAUGCGUCGCUUUCUGGCUGGGGGGGGGCAUGUUGCAAUGGCGUAAGGACAGGGGGUCCUUGGACUCUAUCUGACACUUCGAAGCAUAUAAACGAGCUGGAGCUUAUCGGGGCGUUCUAUGCUAUUCAAUCGUUUACGGCGGCGUCAAGGGAUAUAGCCAUUCGCAUUUUUCUGGACAACACAACGGCCGUAGCGUAUAUAAACAAUUGCGGAGGUACAAAAUCGAUAGCGCUUUCGGUUACCUCGAAGUUAUUGACGGAUUGGUGUGAGGAGCGUGGAGUUGCCGUUGAAGCGGUGCACUUGGCGGGCAAGCUCAACGGGGAGGCGGAUGAGGAAUCGCGCUCGGCAGACGCAAGUGAUUGGAGGCUGUGUCCGACGGUUUUUUCGUGCAUUAAUAACGUUUGGCCGACGGACGUAGACUUGUUUGCCGCUCCUUGGAAUGCGCAAUUGGCGUCAUUCGUUUCAUGGAGACCUCAGCCAGAGGCAAUGGCAACCAAUGCUUUCGCUUUGAAUUGGGGUGGGUUGUCGGGGUACGUGUUCCCACCUUUUUGUUUAAUUUUCAAGUGCCUGGAGAAAAUUAGGCGAGAACAAGCUACAGUGGUUUUUAUUUGCCCAGUUUGGACUGGUCAACCCUGGUUUCCACUUUUGCUGGAACUGGCGUGCGAAGUCCCACGCUUGCUUCAUCCGAGCCCCACAUUACUAACAUCCGCCUUGGAAGAAACACAUCCGCUGCUGACGACCGGCGCGCUACACCUAGCCGCUUGGAAACUAUCCGGCGUGGCUUUGAAGGGCGAGGCUUUUCGCCGCAGCUGGUCGAGCUACUCUUGGCGGGACGCCGUCUCAAUGCAAACGCAGCCUAUGAGUCGGCGUGGCGAAAUUGGGUGGAUUGGUGCGUGGGGCGGCAUCAGGAUCCCUUGUCAAACGGCAUGA